CCGGACGCCCGCAAGUCGAGACUUCGAGAUCGCGAUUGUCCUUCACUCGUCCCGACUUUUUGCUCGACCAUCCCGACUUACGUCCCCAAUCACCGCCCACCAUGCCUCGUGAAAUCUCCGACAUCAAGCAGUUCAUUGAGAUCUGCCGCCGCAAGGAUGCCUCCUCUGCCCGCAUCAAGCGCAACCGUAAGACCCAGCAGGUCAAGUUCAAGGUCCGCUGCCAGCGCUUCGUCUACACCCUUGCCCUGAAGGACUCCGACAAGGCCGACAAGCUCAAGCAGAGCUUGCCCCCAGCCCUCAAGGUCGUCGAUGUCUCCAAGGGUGAGAAGAAGAAGGCUCUGUAAAUACCUUCAAUGAUUUGAAGUAGGGAGAGGUGGACUCGGAGGACGGUUGCCGAAGCAUAAGUCGACUGUCGAAUGGGAUUUGGCAUUGGCAUGGAUGCUUGUGUGGGCCGGCACUGGGAUGAAUCGGUCUGGCCUGUUUGAUAUACAGGAGGAUUGAAGUCCCCGCGUCUGUCGGAUGCUGUGAUCAUAAGUCAGGAACGGCACUUUUCACCGGCCAGACGACCUACAUAUCUAAAUCAACUUCCAGAGGAUGCUUGGUCGGAGCUCCCUGGUUCUACUAUCUAAUGAAGAGAAAAACAGUUGAAAUGCCGUGCACCUUGUCCAACUUCCAAUGUUACUAUGGUCUUCGCUACAUUGAUUGCGCUCCUCGCCUUGAUGGCUGUUGUCAUAUCACCAUGGGGAGAACCUUUGGGUAGAAGAAUGUAGAUGCGCUGUGGGAUUGAUAUUUGUAAGGCUUUCUGAAACUGCCCGAUGUCUCGAUCACUCGCUAGUUUUGAGACAUGCAGCACAAUCUGAGAUUUAGUCUUCUCUUGGGAUUUAUAUAUGGAA